AUGGCUGGUCUCCAGUUGGCUCCACAUCUGCCUGAGAGUAUUAUGCUCCCACACAAUAAGUCAGAAGCUCCAAGGCUCCACUCACCCAAGGAAGACCGUUAUGAACUAAGUGACUCUUCCCAGCAGUCCUUAAUGGGGAACCUGAGGAAGAAUUUCCAACAAAAGCUUUUGAGCAACAAUGACCUGAUGCUGGAUAAUGUCUAUACUCACCCCAAAUGGAAUACCUACACAAAAGCCCAGAGCUACUCCUAUUCCCACUGUGCUGGAAUGAGCCAACAAGAUUCAGGAAGCGAUCCCCAGGGCCGAGAAAAGGGUUUGGUUUCCUCGUCAAGCUCUCCAUCCCGGUAUCCUAAGGCAAAUAACCAGGACCUCAUCCCCUUUACGAAGAAGAGAGUUGGGGUGGACCGGGCAUACCCACUGAAACCUGUGGUUCACCGGAAGUCUCGUAGUACAGGUGAGGCCGGCACCGAUGGGGAUCAGAAUGUGUACCUAAGACCAACAGAACCAAGAGAGUUUUCAUACAGCAACUUUGGUUCAGGGAUCCAGGUGAAUUCAUCUGUGGUUGGUACUGUCCUUGCCACCAUGCAGGACAAUAAGGGCUUGGCAAACCUCUACAGGAUUGAGCAGAUGCAGAUCCAAAGACUAGAAGCUGCAGGGGAGAGCUUAGAGGAGGAAAUCCGAAGAAAGGAGAUUCUCCUUAGGGAAAAGCUGAAGAAGACAGAGGAGGAACUCAGAAGGAUUCAGAAGGAAAAGGAACAGGCUGAAGAAAAUGAAAACAGAGAGCUGCAGAGAAUGAUACUCCCUAGGAGGAAAGUUAAAGGUAAUAACAGCAACACCACAUACAAGCCCAUCUUCUCCAUAGAAUUUGGGUCUGUGGAGGUGUUCAAUAGAGACAGGAGAGGGAGAGAAGAUGAAACUCGGGGACAGUCUCAAGAAAAUUCUAGUCCAUUACAGUUCUCUGAUUAUGGAAUCCAGAGGCUCAAAAGGGAAAGGCUGGUGGCAAGCAAUAACAAAAUUCGAGACCAAAUCUCAGGGCCGUCAAUGGAGAAGUUCUCUCAGCCUUCAGAAGUGCCUGGCAGUCCUUUGCAUGGACACACCAGAUAUUCUAGCCUGUCCAGAGCACCAGACUCCUCAGGUUCCAGCUGUUCUGCUGAAGAGCCAUCACUGGGCGAGUGCAGCCACUGUGGACGCAAGUUUCUCUUGCUUAGACUGGAGAGACACUCCAACGUUUGUGGCAGGAUGCAGGGUUCCAAGAGGAAAGUGUUUGACUCCUCCAGGGCCCGGGCUAAAGGCACAGAACUAGAGCAGUACUUGAACUGGAAGGGGCCAGUCUCAGUCAAGGUAACAAGAGACUUAUGGAUCUGACUUUGUGUGGGGAUCAUUAUAAGGGCCUAUAUGUCCUCACCAGUUUUCUUUAGGGAAAAUGCAUGUCAUGUAGGAAGAUGAGAAUUAAUUUUUCUUGAUUACUACUAUGCGCCAGGCACUGUGUCGGCAGAUUUUCAUGUGAUCCUCACAACUCUGAGGAUUUCAUUAUCUCUUAUUUUAUCUAUUCUAAAAUCAAGGCUCAGGCAGGUUAAGCAACUUGC